CCAGAGCAAGCAAGCUCAGCUAGCAUUCCAUCUGCCACAGCUAGCUCGCUCGCUUCCUCUCGCGGUCGAUCGACCGAUCGAUAUCAAUUUCCGCGUAGCUAGCUGAGAUAACUAGAUUGUUGCAAGACAAAGAGAGUAGGAAGAUUUUCUAGACAGGCAAGCAAAUGGAGAAGAUGAACGUGGCGAGCAGGAAGCCCGGCGACUGGAGCUGCCGGUCGUGCCAGUACCUCAACUUCUGCAAGCGGGACGCGUGCCAGCGCUGCGGCGAGGCGAAGCUGGGCGUGGACCGCACGGACUACGCCGCGCUGAGCGGCGACUGGGACGUCAAGCCCGGCGACUGGUACUGCUGCGUCUGCGGCGUCCACAACUACGCCUCCCGCAGCUGCUGCUUCAAGUGCGCCGCCGCCAAGAACGAAGCCACCACCGUCGCGCAGGGGUGGGGGUUCAGCGUCGCCGGCCAGGCCGGGAUGAAGUCCGGCGACUGGAUCUGCCCAAGUCUGGGUUGCAACGUGCAGAACUACGCCAACAGAACCGAAUGCUUUAGGUGCCAUAUGCCCAGAUCAUACUACGGUUGAUCGGACGACUAACCACACACACAGAAAAACAGAAAAGAAAAAAUAAACUACGAGAUCGAAGAGCAACAGACGAGAUUGAUCGGUCAACGAUCGCCGCGCCAUGAGGACUUUUUUCCUUUCUUUUUUUCUCUCUUUUGAAUGAAUAACAAGUUGAGGGUUAGUCAUUUGGAAGAGCAGUAGUAACUGAAGCUAAAAAGGAGAGGAGGGUAUGUGAAAAAAAAAGUGUGACUGAUGCCAAUAAUCAGUCUUCUUUGUCCCGCCCUUUUUUUCCCAAUAAAAGCAGAGGUUAAAGAAAGGAAAAA